AGUCAAGGAAAUGAAAGAGAAAGUUCACGCAAGAGCAUGAACAGUAGUUCCAGUAACCGAAAGUCGUUUGAUAAGGGUGAUAAACCGCGCACCAGUUCUGCGAGUGUUGAGAAGACUUCUGGUGGUGGAGUUGAAUUGGACGAACCGUUUAGCGACAGUGAGGAUGAAACUCCACGGGGACCAAGGAAAUUGGAGUUGAAUAUUCCUAGAGGUCGUAUUAGAACUCUUUCUGGCACUGUACCUAUAGUUGGAUACAGUCCGAAAUGGGGUGGUCCAACAAUGUGCCUCAGUUGUUUGCAAUUCUUCGAUUUGCCGUCGAUGGUAGAUGAAUUUGCAAAGCAUUUGCUGGAGUCGCAUCAUAUAGUUGUGGUUGAAAUGGGACUUAUUGUUGAUCUGAAGCGGUAUGUUGAAUACUGGAGGCAGCGUUUUGCAAAGACCAGUAUCGACAAGGUGUUUCCAAAGAUUGUUCCGAAAGAAGGUGAUCCGUACUUUGGAACAACCGACUAUUAUUUUGAGAUGGCUGAGAGUCUUCCAGAAGAUUACUCGCUAAGACAAAGACUGGCUAUGAGGCGCUUGGAAGAGGCGUUAGCUUGUCAGCAACGAGAACGUGAAGAUUCUACUUUCUCACUGCAGUGCAUAUUCUGUCGAUAUGUAGCAGUUGGGAACCGCUCCAAAAUCAUUCAUCAUUUAUAUAUGAUACACCAUUUGAAUCUUGGGUCUCCUGAUAAUCUUGGUGAUCUAUUCUGUUAUUUGAACUUUUCGUUAACUAUGGGAAACGAAUGUAUCUACUGCGAAAAAACGUAUAGUGAUAGAAACACUCUUAUGGAGCACAUGCGUAAAAGGAAUCAUCGGGAGGUCAACCCGAAAAACCAUUAUUACGACAAAUUUUAUAUAAUAAACUAUCUGUUUUAUGUACUUGUCGGAUACAUCACGCACAGAACUUUUGAAGAGUUUGAACUGGGGAAGCGUUGGCUAGAUGUAUUGGCGGAAGAUUUUGAGGAUACCAUGCCCACCUUUGUUGAUUCAGACGAUGAGGACGAACAAGAAUCAUGGCAUGAGUGGCAAGAAGACAAUCUUGAUAUUGACCAAACCCGUGUCAUUUGUCUGUUUUGUGACGAAAGUUGCGAUACUAUCGAGCCAAUGCUUAUACACAUAAAGGAGGCGCAUGAAUGCGAUAUCCUGGAUAUAAUUGAGAAAGAAAAUAUGGAUUUAUACCAGCGCAUGAAAAUGAUUAAUUUCAUCCGCAAACAGAAUCAUGACUUGACCUGCUUUGUCUGCAGCAAGGGAGGUUUCAGUAAUCUGCAGGAUUUACGGAAACAUCAAGCCGAAAACAAUCAUCUUGCAAAGGGGCUUCCCGAUAAAGCUUUAUGGGAUGCUGAAGAGAAUUUGGUUCCUAUCUAUGGAAAUGACCACUUAUUAUGGAUGCUGGAGUCCUAUAUAGAUGAGAAAACCGCCGUAAAUGAUAUAGAAGAAUUUCAUCCGCGCACUCGUGAUGAGCUGCAAAAGGAGUUAGUUAAAGAAAGUGAAGAAAACACUGUUCCUGGGGUUGUUGCCGAAGACUUGCCUGAGCUACGUAACAGCGCGCUUGCCGACAAAGAGCUGUAUGAAUCACUGAAGUGA